CACAAAACACUUGCUCUCACUGAUUAAUGUAGCGAAUAUGUUAAAAAUAUUUUACAUGCUUUUAUGCCUCACGGGUUCGUCUUUCCGACCCCUAGAUGGCGGUACUUACAAUAAAGGGAAGAUGAGUCGCUUUAAUAUGCGGGGAGAAGAAGAUCAAGCAAAACAGCCUGGUGGCUAAUCUAGUUAGCACGAGUAGAUAAAUGUUCGAUUUUUACAAAAUAAUUUAUCGAAGUUCAAUGUAUGUCAUUCCCACCAUCGACGCAUUUGAUAGUCAUUAGACUGCAGAAGUAUGCAUUUUGUCUGACGUGGAAUUUCGGUUUUGUUGAGAAGAAUGUUGACGAGUUCGUAUCAGCUGCUUCCUCAAAGGGACUCGAGCACAGCGAGACCCCCUGGGUUCCUCUUGUCCGCUGACUAUCACUCACCGCCCGGUUACCACAAGGGCUCUUUUGACUACAUCCCCAAGGUUCAUGAAAACGACUUCAGUGAUGCCUCCCAGAGCUGGAUGUCCUGGAUUUGCAAUCUCAUUGUCAUAUCUUUAGUUUACAUCGCCACUUUCCUCACCUUUCCCAUAUCAGGAUGGUUUGUUUUAAAAUCGGUGCCCAACUACCAAAGGAUAGUGGUAUUUCGCCUGGGUUGGAUUUGUGCUCCAAAGGGUCCUGGUGUUGUUCUUGUUCUGCCCCUCAUUGACCAGUGGCAGAGAGUCGACCUGCGCACCCGUGCAUUUAAUAUCCCCCCAUGUCAGGUGAACACUCGGGAUGGUGGGCUGUUGUCUGUGGGAGCAGACAUCCAAUUCAGGAUUUGGAACCCGGUCCUGUCGGUGGUAGCAGUCCAGGACCUGAAUGCUUCGACAAGGAUGACGGCCCAGAACGCCUUAACUCACAGUCUGACUAAGAAGACGGUCAGGGAGAUCCAGACGGAGAGACUGAAGUUGGGAGAGUACCUGGGGAUCGACAUCAACGAGAUGACCAAACCGUGGGGAUUGGAGGUGGACAGAGUAGAACUCACGCUGGGCUCGAUACUUAAGGCUCCUGAGGAGGCUCCCACUGGGCCCCUCAUCAUGCCUCCAUCUGUACCUGGGCUGGAAGGCAUCACAGGCCCCAUCCAGCAGCUCGCCAUGCACAUUCUGGGUCACAGCCCAGCACCACAACAAGCAAGCGGUGCAGUGGGGAGUGACGGGUGUAGUGAGCUCCAGCAGGUGGUGGUGACCACGCCUGGGUCUGUUGAGGAGCUGCUUGAAGAGGUGAAGUGCCAUCUAUCUGACAGUCUGGUGGACCGUGUGGGAGCUUGUUUCCAGUUUCACAUCAGCUCAGAAGACGGACAGCGCAGUUACUAUGUGGAUUUAAGUCAAGGCAGCGGUGCAGUUGGACCCGGGUCCUUGUCUCAGCAGCCUGACGUCACGCUGACGAUGAGUGAGGUCGACCUUCUGGCCAUGUUCCAGGGCAGUGUGACGCCGUUUGCUGCUUACACCAGCGGGAGACUGCAGAUCCAGGGGGACAUUCAGACGGCCCUCAGGCUGGAGGAGCUCGCCAAGCUGCUCAGGAAAUGAUACUAUUUGGAACUUUGUGAUGUGUCUUCUUGUGUGCUAUAAACCAGGGGUGAGCGAACCGGUCCUCUAAGGGCCAGGGUGGUGCAGGGUGAGCAUGUUCAGCUGAAUCAUCACUGUUGAGUGAAGGGUUGGAA